AUGCAAUAUGCUAAUGAUGGUGACCUUCAAAAUUAUCUUGAAAAAAAUUUUAAAAUUUUAACUUGGAAUGAUAAAAAGAAAUUAGCAUUCCAAAUUGCUGAAGGAUUAAAUUACUUACAUAAUGAAAAUAUUUUGCAUAGAGAUCUUCAUUCUAAGAAUAUAGUAAUUCAUAAUGGUAAUGCUAAAAUUACAGAUUUUGGUCUUUCAAAAAAUAUGAAUUUACAAAAUUCUACUAUUCAUAUCGGAACCUUUGGUAGAAUUGCAUAUAUAGAUCCGAAAAAACUUUUAGAUUUAAAGUUUAAGUAUGAAAAAGCUUCAGAUAUUUACAGUUAUGGUGUAUUAAUGUGGGAAAUCUCUAGCGGGAUUCCUCCAUUUAAGGAGUUAAUUAGUAAAGGUGAUCAAGCAUUGCUUCGUCUUUUUAUCAUUGAUGGAUAUCGUGAAAAUGUUAUAGAAGAGACCCCUGAAGAUUAUAAGAUGCUUUAUGAAAAAUGUUGGAAUUCUUUACCUGGUAAUCGGCCUAGUAUUAAAAAACUAAGUAAUACUCUUUUUGCUCGUAUGGAAAAUGGUAAAUUUAUUCUUGAAGCUUCCAAAAAAUCUUUUAAGGUAGAAAAUUUUCGACCGACUGUUGAGACUUCGUAA